AUGAGUGUGCUGCAGGGCGUCAGGACCUUCCCAGGCCCCGGAGAGGCUUGCGACCUUAAGUCCCCCAUUAGCGCCAGGCUCAGGGAGCCUCUCACCGAGGCUCGGUUCCAGCAGCUCUUCGGGGGCGAAGAACAGGAGCCAGAGGUACUGCCGGAGCCCCUCUUGCCCCGGCUGUGCCGGCUGUGGAGGCUGCGGGCCCGCGCUUGCUCCGCACCCGGGGCCUGGCGUCUGCUGCAGGCCCGUCUGCCCCCGCUGUACUGGCUGCCUCACUACCGUUGGCGGGCCUGGUUGCUGGGGGAUGCCGUGGCCGGAGUGACCGUGGGCAUCGUGCACGUGCCACAGGGCAUGGCUUUUGCCCUCCUGACUUCGGUGCCCCCAGUUGUGGGACUCUACACUUCUUUCUUUCCCGUCCUCAUCUACAGUUUGCUGGGUACUGGGAGACACCUGUCCACAGGAACUUUCGCCAUACUCAGCCUCAUGACUGGGUCGGCCGUUGAGCGGCUGGUGCCCGAACCCCUCGGGGGGAACCUGAGCGGAAUCGAGAGGGAACAGUUGGACGCUCAGCGGGUUGGAGCGGCCGCGUCGGUGGCUUUCGGGAGCGGGGCGCUAAUGCUGGCCAUGUUCGCGCUGCAGCUGGGCACACUGUCCACCUUUCUGUCUGAGCCUGUGGUCAAGGCGCUGACCAGCGGGGCAGCACUGCACGUGCUUUUGUCCCAGCUGCCGAGCCUUUUGGGUUUGUCCCUUCCACGCCAGAUCGGCUGCUUCUCUCUCUUCAAGACGCUGGCCGCUGUGCUGACGGCACUGCCCCGGAGCAGUGCGGCCGAACUGACCAUCUCGGCGCUCAGCCUGGCGCUGCUUGUGCCGGUCAAGGAACUGAACGUGAGAUUCCGAGACAGGCUCCCCACUCGGAUCCCGGGGGAAGUCGUCAUGGUGCUUCUGGCCUCUGUGCUCUGCUUCACCUCUUCUCUGGACACAAGAUACAACGUCCAGAUAGUGGGGCUGUUGCCUGGAGGAUUUCCCCAACCUGUCCUCCCCAACCUGGCUGAGGUGCCAGGGAUUCUGGCUGAUUCGUUGCCCAUUGCAUUGGUUACUUUUGCUGUGUCCGCCUCCCUGGCCUCCAUCUAUGCAGACAAGUACAGCUACACUGUUGACUUCAACCAGGAGCUCUUGGCACAUGGUGUCUCCAACCUCAUCUCCUCCCUCUUCUCUUGCUUUCCCAACUCGGCCACGCUGGCCACCACCAGUCUACUAGUGGAUGCUGGUGGCAACACACAGCUGGCAGGCCUCUUCUCCUGCACAGUGGUCCUGUCUGUGCUGCUGUGGCUGGGGCCCUUCUUCUAUUAUCUCCCCAAGGCUGUCCUAGCUUGCAUCAACAUCUCCAGCAUGCGCCAGAUGUUCUUCCAGAUGCAGGAACUUCCACAACUGUGGCGCAUCAGCCGAGUGGACUUUCUCCUCCAGGUCCCAGGGCUCUGCAUCCUGAGCUAUCCAACACCGCUCUACUUUGGGACCCGUGGGCAGUUUCGCCACAUCCUAGAAUGGCAUCUGGGGCUUGGAAAAGGAGGCAAGGCGACAACAAACCUGGAUGGUCCACCUGACAGAGUUGCUGAGCCUGUCAGAGUGGUGGUCCUAGACUUCAGUGGUGUCAUUUUUGCUGAUGCUGCAGGGGCCAGAGAAGUGGUACAGCUGGCCAGCCGAUGCCAAGAUGCUGGGAUCCACCUUCUCCUGGCUCAGUGUAGUGCCUCAGUGCUGGGGACACUGACCCGGGCAGGACUCUUGGACAGAGUGACCCCAGAACAGCUGUAUGUGAGUGUCCAAGAUGCAGCUGCUCAUGCCCUGGAAAGACUGGAGGUCACUGACCCGAAGAUUUGCACAGUGUGGGUCUGACCACACACUUGGAGUGCAAAGGGCCUGA